GAGAGUGAGUGAUGUUAUCAGGGUGCAUAUUAUACAUUGCAGUGUUUUAUCUAUGCAAUUUCUUUUUAUAAUGUUUACACUUUGAAAAUAGUGAAUUAAAAAUAUUUGGCAUCGAAAAUGGCAAACACGGCAGUACCAGGCACGAGUCGAAGGUGCUCAAGCCGGCUUUCGCUUUCCCAAAAAUUUGCCAGUACAUCGAGGCCUAGCUCUCGAUGUUCUAAUAUUAAAACACCACUGCCUUCAUCUCCUGUUCUUUCAAAUGAGGAUAACGAUAUCAUGAACAUACUGACGCAGGAUCCUUUUAAACUUACGAAUCGUACACUGGCUGAAGAAGAUGAUCUAAUUUCAAAAGCGCCAGAUGCGAUGACCAUAUCCUCAAAAGAGUCGAGCAAGGAACAGAAACCGUUUAAUGCGAUAUCCGUCAUAUCGGUCAGUAGCGGAAGUGACAGAGAAAUGAGUCCGACGCCGAAGAAAAGCGUGAUAUCGCAAUUUUUUACGCCAGUCAAAUCUAGACGAAACUCUGUAGCUUCGCGAAUGGCCAUAAGUUCAUUGAAAUCGAAAACCGACACAUCGGCACAAGAAACGCCCUCCAGUAAAUCAGUAUCCAAGACAAAUUUAAAAAAAGGAAAUAGAGAGCGAAAACGGAUAUGCAAAAGUACAAACAUUAAGAUGCUUAGCAAGAAACAUUUUGAUGAGUCACAAAAGCGAAUAACAAACUUUUUUCUUAAAAAUGAGGAUAAAAAUUUAUUCGGAUACCAUCGAGUAUUGAAGGAAUCGGCUAUGCCCGCAAUCAACACCGGGGACGCGGACAUUGAGGGUUUGCUAGAAAUUAACUUGAGUGAAGAAUCAAGUCCUAUAAAAGCGAGUCAGCUGCAAGGACCCCCAAUGAGCCCCAUACCGAGCGAUCCAGCAAUGAUUAUGGAACGAAUAGAAAAAGUUCAAAGUGCCUGUUACGAUAAAGAGAAAGAAGACUGGAAUAUGGAGAACACCAACGUUUCAGUUGUCGUUAGUAAAGAACCUGAAGAAACAGCGGAUUCCGGAUACUCAAAUGACGUUUCUACAGUGAAGGAAAAGGAAAAACUUAGCACGAAACAAAAACGUAACCAAAAAGUAUCUACAGCAAAACGAAAGUCUUUAAACACUACAAAAGGAUUAGAAUCCCAAGACCUUGCACGUAAAGGGCCCGUGCCUAGAAAAACCCGAAAAACCAUUUGUCCAAAGUACAAAAUUAUUGCCGGAACAAGGUUUGCUGUAGAUGCCUUCCGGUACGGUGAUAUCGAAGGGGUGUCCCACUACUUCUUGACGCACUUCCAUGCCGAUCAUUAUAUUGGGCUAAAGCGAAGUUUCGCCAAACCCCUCAUAAUGUCGUCGAUCACGGCUCGUCUGGUGAAAGCUUUUAUCAAUGUUAGUGAGGAUUACUAUACAACUGUGGAAUUGCAUGUGCCAAUCACGAUUGACGAGGUUCGAAUUACGGCACUGGAUGCCAAUCACUGUCCGGGAGGCGUUAUGUUUCUAUUUCAGUUACCCGACGGAACUAACAUUCUGCACACGGGUGACUUCCGUGCCAGCGCCGAUAUGGAAGAAUAUCCUGAAUUCUGGAAUAUGGACAUUGACCUAGUCUACCUGGAUACGACCUAUCUGUCGUCAAAGUAUGCAUUCAAAUCGCAAUGGGAAAGCAUAACGGAUGUAUGCAGAGUGAUCAGAUCAUUUUUGGAUCGAAACAUUGGAUCAAGGGUACUGAUAGUUUGUGGAAGCUAUCUGAUUGGGAAAGAGAAAGUGUGGGCUGAGGUGGCGACCCAAUUUAAUUAUAAGGUUUGGACAGAACCAAACCGAAGAAAGGCACUGAACGCUAUUGCCGAUAGUGAGCAGCAGAAGCUGUUGAUCGAUAAUCCCAAGGACGCCGAUGUUCAUGUUCUCUCCAUUAACACAAUAUCGUACGAUGGUUUAGUGGCUUACCUCGAUUCCUUUCCAGACCAAUAUGAUAGCGUAAUUGCAAUUCGCCCCAGCGGGUGGGAAAAGAACAGUCGUCCUCAGCUUCGAGGUAAAAUAAACAUAAUUGGAGUUGAGUAUUCCGAACAUUCCAGUUACGACGAACUGAAACGAUUUGUUCGAUUUCUUCGACCGAAGGAGGUAAUCAGUACUGUACCGUACGGCAACUCCAAUUUGAACCGAACGCCACAAGUGCCCAUUAGUUGGUAUCAGGGUCCAAUUAGACCGGAGCAACAGGUGUUACAGAUGUCGAUAACCUCGUUUGUGAAGGUAGUUUCCAAACAGGCCCCAAAGAUAGAUCCAAAAGCAGAUAAGACGAGCGAUGACUGCAUUGUAGUUGUAUCGGAUGAUGUUCCAGUGAGUGGAAGCUUGGUUGUACCUAGGAACAAGAUGACGAAGCCUGACAAGGUCAGAGAGGUUGAGCAUUCCAGUGUAGACGAACCAAAUGGCAACGAUUCGGAUAGCGAUUGGAUGCCAUAGAGAAGUGUGAUAGCAUACAGGUUAUGUUUGGUGUAUCAAUAAAAUUUAUUAGAUGUUACCAUUUUUUGUAAAACAAUGUAUAUGCAAUAA